AUGACUACCUUCGAUGUCUUCUGCACCUUGACUAUCAUCGACAUGCGCGAAGCCGAGCGUGCAGAAGCCGCCCUCGUUGAAGAAGCCAAAAAAGAAGCCGACAGAAUCGCUAACCUUAGCUUCUCUCCAGGCGACGCCGCCAAGGGUGCCAAGCUCUUCCAGACCCGUUGCGCCCAGUGCCACACCGUUGAGGCCGGCGGUGCCCACAAGGUCGGCCCCAACCUUCACGGUCUCUUCGGCCGUAAGACUGGUUCUUCCGAGGGCUACGCCUACACCGACGCCAACAAGCAGGCCGGUGUUGAGUGGAACGAGGACACUCUGUUCUCCUACCUCGAGAACCCCAAGAAGUUCAUCCCUGGUACCAAGAUGGCCUUCGGUGGUCUCAAGAAGGCCAAGGAGCGCAACGACCUCAUCACCUACCUCAAGGAAAACACCGCAUAAACGACCUGAUGUUCUUUUUUAAUUCCCCGGCUUUUUUUUUGUUUCUCCCCAUAGAAGUCUGGGAUUAUGGCGCCAUGGGGUGAUUACCGGAUCUCCCAAGGCAACCGGGCCUGUAUUUUUAUUACAAUUUCCAUGACCCAAAAUAGAUUUGAUCUUCUCCUCUU